AGUUGAAAUCCCCCGCGAAAUUCAAACUCUCUCCCCCGCUGCGUAAUGAGCCUCUCAGCUACACGCAAGAUAUUUACCCUCAAAACCUUACGAUAUUACACUUGUACCACUGCACACCACCAGCCUCCGAACAUCCUUCAGCUCUCAAUCACACACCGCUCUCUCCCACUCGCUCAACAAUCCCACGCGCGAGUCCUCACUCAUGGCCUCCGGCGAAACCCUUUCAUCGCCACCAAGCUCAUCUCCGCUUACGCUCUGUUCAACCACCCAACCAAGUCCAAACUCGUCUUCGACUCAAUUGAACCCAAGAAUGUGUAUCUUUGGAACUCGUUGAUUAAUGGAUGCGUCAAAACUCGCGUUUACAACGAAGCUUUCAAGUUGUUUGUCGAAAUGUUGUGUUGUUGUAACGCAUUGCCGGAUGAGUAUACGUUUUCGACAAUGGCGAAAGUUUCCGGCGAGGUUGGGGACUUGGUCGCCGGGAAAUGGGUUCAUGGGAAGAGUGUGAGAGUUGGGUUUGUUACGGAUACGGUUGUUGCGAAUUCCUUGAUGUCUAUGUAUUGUAAGUGUGGGGAGUUUGGGGAAUGUAGGAAGGUGUUUGAUGAAAUGCCGGAGAGAAAUGUGGGGUCUUGGAAUGUGUUGAUAGCAGGGUGUGGGUUUGAUAAUGGGAUGUUGGAAACUGCUAAGUGUAUGAUGAGGAGUGGGUUGAAGCCCGACGGGUUUACUGUUUCGAGUCUGUUGGGUGUGUGUGGAGCUGUGGAUGUUGGGAAAUUGGGGUACGGGAGGGAGCUUCAUUGUUAUAUUGUGAAGUAUGGAUUGGAUUUGGAUUUGGGUUCGGAUGUUCAUCUUGGGUGUUGUUUGGUUGAUAUGUAUUGUAGGAGUGGUAGAGUUGAUUUGGGGAGACGGGUGUUUGAGCGCAUGAAGUGGAGAAAUGUAUAUGCUUGGACAGCGAUGGUCAAUGGUUAUGUGCAGAAUGGAGCGUCUGAUGAAGGAUUGAUUCUUUUCCGGAAGAUGCAGGUGGAAGAUGGGGUAGAACCCAAUAGAGUGUCGCUUGUAAGUGUUCUCCCAGCUUGUAUUUCACAUGCUGGUUUAACGGGUGGGAAACAAAUUCAUGGGUUUGCUAUGAGGAAGGAGAUGAAUCAUGAUGUAUCUCUUUGCAAUGCUUUGAUCGAUAUGUAUUGCAAAUGUGGGAGCUUGGAUUUUGCAAGGCGAGUCUUUGAGGAUGACUCUUUUUGUAAGGAUGCAAUCUCUUGGAGUUCAAUGAUAUCAGGGUAUGGAUUACAUGGAAGGGGUGAGGAAGCCAUUGUUUUGUAUAAUAAGAUGCUUCAGCUUGGAAUCAAACCGGACAUGAUAACCAUAGUAGGGGUUCUUUCAGCUUGUGGCAGGUCAGGAUUGGUAAAUGAAGGCCUUUCAGUCUAUAGCUCUGCAACAACUGAGUACGGAAUUAAACCAACAGUGGAGAUAUGUGCUUGUGUGGUGGAUCUGUUAAGUCGAUCAGGAGAGCUUGAUCGAGCAUUAAAUUUCAUCAAAAUGAUGCCUGUAGAACCUGGUCCAAGUGUUUGGGGGGCUCUAGUUACUGCUUCUGUAUUGCAUGGGAACCGUGACAUGCAAGAUCUAGCUUAUAAGUUCCUCAUUCAACUAGAACCCGAAAACCCUUCAAAUUAUAUCUCAGCAUCAAAUUUUCAUGCUUCUUCUAGAAGAUGGGACGUUGUAGCUGAAACAAGAACAAUGAUGAAGGACAGAGGUUUGAAGAAGACACCUGGGUGCAGUUGGAUUAGCAUUACUGGUAAGACUCAUUCUUUCUAUGUUGCUGAUAAAGUACAUCCUUGCUGUGAUUCGAUCUAUGAGAUGCUUGACUACCUCAUUUUAGUAAUGAAGGGUGCCCCCGAUUCUCAUGACUUCGUAGAAUAUUCAGCCUAGAUGAUAGAUCACACACAUUAGUUAGGGAUAGCUCCUUUCGAUAAAUUAAUUCCUGCUAAGAUGCUUAACGUAUAUUCUUCUCAGGACAAAUGAAGUGUAUUUCUAUGAUGAUUUGAAUAAUACUUUCUCCGCCUUGAGAAAAUUUUUGCAUAUUACGCAAGAGA